AUGUCUCCCGACCUGAACUCUCUACCACCAUCCCGCUCGUCGUCCUCCUCCUCCUCUCUACCGCAUCGUAACCCGCCCUCAGCGUCUCCUGGCACCAUCCCCGCAUCCGUGAACCCGAGCACGACCUCGCCUCGACCUUCGCGCGGGUCCAGUAUGGGCCGAUUAUCGGUCUCUGAACGACGGCGCUCCGCCGCAGGCAUGCAUUUGAACCUCGGCGAAGCAGUUGGACAAGGCUCGGGAAAUAACAGUGACGCGCCUUGGGCCGAGCAUCGUAGCUCGAUGGGCCAUGCAUUCCGCACGGCCAGUCCCACCAGUCACGGCGGCAGCCCCGUCUUCGCAACCGCCGACCCGCACCACCAGCGGGCGCCGUCACUUGGAGAGCUGCACCAGGAAUUGGAGCAGGAGCAGGAAGCGCAAGUGAACCGCCUGCUGCAGAUGAUUCGCAGUCAACAAGCUCAGUUGCAACAACUUCAACAGAACCAACAGAACCAACAGGCGUCGGGCACGGCAGUCAUCGAUGAUACCACCCCUUCGUCCGAACGGUCAACUUCGUUUUUCCCGCCUAUCCCGCCGCCUGCUGUAGGCACUGGUAGCCGACUGUCAAUUUCCUCGUCUCUCUCGAACCGUCGAUCAUCUCGCCCAUCCAGCCAAACAACCUCUCCGAACUUACGGCCACAAGAUGCCUCGCGAUCAUCCGAGACGGAGGCCUUCCCGGGAUGGCGAGAGAGUACAUCCCGAAGGGGUAGCCGAGAUGAAAGUGCAUACUACCAAGCCGAAGCUGCCAUGCUGAGCCGAGAAAAUCAAAUGCUUCGGCACCGGAUUCGCGAGUUAGAACGACAGAUCGGCGACUUGACUACUUCCACAAGACCGUCCAGCACUACUGCGGCCGGAUCGGGCGGCUCAGCGCCGGGGCAAGAGGGGGCCGAAACGGUCGACCCGCAUACCGUGAGAUCGGCAGACGGGAAGGAUUGA